UGAAGAAUUUGAACGUUUUAACCGAUAGUCAUAUGAAAAGCAUAGAUGUCAACUGUUUUGACAUUUCAAUGUGAAAAAAGUUCCUCUAAACACAUUGCACCAUCAAUAACAAAGUUUCACAUUUUGCGUUCUAAUAUUCCUAUUAUUGAACUUCGGUAACAAAGGAAAAUGUCGAGCGCAAUAUUGGCAGGUCUCUCAUUGGCUGCCGUUGGUUUAACUGGGCGGUAUUUAAUGAGAAGGGCACCACAAAUGACACAGAAAUUCUCCGAAGCCAUGAAAUCGUUCCCAUCAGCGGAAUCACUUGCAACAUCAAAGUAUUAUCGUGGAGGGUUUGAUGCAAAAAUGAACAAAAGAGAAGCAGCUCUCAUACUAGGAGUCAGUCCGACGGCACCAAAAAACAAAAUUAAAGAUGCCCAUAAAAAAAUUAUGCUGAGUAAUCAUCCCGAUCGUGGUGGUUCACCAUACUUGGCUGCCAAAAUUAACGAAGCGAAAGAUUUGUUAGAUUCACAGAAAUAAUUAAAUAAUUUUAUAAUUAUGUAGUGUUUAACAUAUGUACAAAAUAAAUUGAAACGUAAAAAUAAA